CCUGGCUGUAGCUGUGGGUUGCACUGGGUGUUCGAGGCAGCGGUAGCGGCGGCGGCGCUGGGGAGUGGAUGGUGUUUGGAAGACGGGGGCAGCGAGGGGGCGGCUGCCCAUGAUGUCUCCCGGGGAGGGAGGGUGCCGGACAGACGCAGUGUUACCCCCGCUGUCCCUGCUGCCACACGGAGAGAGGGCGUGUGUGGGGAGGGGGCUGUGACCGGCGCUAGCGCAGGGAAGGUGCUGCGGAGAUGGGAGUGGGAACGGAGGAAGGAGACAGCGAGCGGGAGAAGCGAUGGACCGACCUCUUCCACCGCUUCGACACCAACCAGGACGGGCAGGUGGACAUCACCGAGCUGGGCGAAGGCCUGCGAGCUAUGGGCGUGUUGGUCGGCGGCGGCACAGAGCAGGAGAUCCUGCGGACCAUAGACACCAAUCACGAUGGACAACUGGACCUGACCGAGUUCACCGAGUACCUGAGGCAACACGAGAAGAAACUCAAGCUGAUGUUUAACAGCCUCGACCGCAACCAUGACGGUGAAAUCGAUGCGUCUGAGAUUCAGCAGGCUCUGUUGAACCUUGGCAUUACGAUCAAUCUGCAGCAAGCCGAGAAGAUCUUGCUCAGUAUGGACAAGGAUGGGACGAUUACUGUGGACUGGACUGAAUUUCGAGAACAUUUCAUCUUUAACCCGCUGUCGAAAAUGGAGGAGAUUGUUGAACACUGGAAACAUUCAACGUUCCUGGACAUUGGGGAAUCGUUGACCAUCGUGGAUGAAUUUUCGGAGACGGAGCGACUGACUGGAGUCUGGUGGCGGCAGCUCUUGUCAGGGGCCAUUGCGGGCGCAGUGUCACGCACCUGCACUGCCCCCCUGGACCGGCUGAAGAUCUACAUGCAGGUCUUUGCGGCAAAGAGGAGUUUGAACCUGGCCGGGGUUUGGAAGAUGAUGGUGGCGGAGGGAGGGUAUCUGUCCCUGUGGCGAGGAAACGGGGUGAACGUGCUGAAAAUCACCCCAGAGACUGGCAUCAAGUUCAUGGCUUAUGAACAGUACAAGAAGAUCUUCCUGGUCCAUAAAUCCACACUACAGGUGCACGAGCGUUUUGUGGCGGGAUCUCUCGCUGGUGUCACCAGCCAGACGAUCAUCUUUCCAAUGGAGGUGCUGAAGAUCCGGAUGGGGCUGGGAAAGAGCGGCCAGUACAUGGGAAUCUUCCACUGCGCCCAAAACAUGCUGAGGAAUGAAGGCCCUCGCGCAUUUUUCAAAGGCUACGUCCCAAAUUCCAUUGGCAUCAUUCCUUACGCUGGGAUCGAUUUGGCUGUCUAUGAAAGCGUGAAGAAUAUGUAUUUGCAAAAGUACGGACAGAAGAGAACCGACCCAGGAGUGUUUGUUCUUCUCGGCUGUGGCACCUUCUCCAGUACCUGCGGUCAACUAGCAAGCUACCCGCUGGCACUCAUUCGCACCAGGAUGCAAGCUCAAGCUGUGGUCAAAGGGGAGCCGGAGAUGAACAUGUUGCAGCAGUUUGCCAGGAUAGUGCAAGGUGAGGGCUGGACUGGCCUUUACCGAGGGAUGGCUCCCAACUUCUUGAAGGUGGUGCCCGCUGUCAGCAUCAGCUACGUCGUGUAUGAGCAUAUGAAAUUCUUACUGGGCGUCACCUCGAAGUAACCGGUUCCCGGGAAUCGUUUGUUCUUGGAACAUCUCCAAACCACAUCUUAAGGAAAUUGGUGACCCCAGCAGAGAGCUGAGGAAUAACAAACUCUUCGACCCUCCGUGGUCAACACCAGGAUUGGGAUUGGGAUCCAAUUACCAGUCUGUUUCGGGUCUGCAAAGUGGCCUCAGUUCUUUCUGCUCAAGGUAUUCCUGCAAGAUGUGGGUAAGGCAGCCUCCCAAUCCUGUCCCCAGAGAGUCACGUUGCAAGGGGGGGGAUGCAUUAAGUUAUUGCCAUGAAUGACUCGCCCUGGCCAAGAUUCAAGCAACAAGGAUGGAUUGACAAUGGGAUACUGAUCAUGCAUCCUUUAUGAUACAGAUGGUUUCCAACAUUGCAUGUUUCUACUUCACUUGGAUAGCUUGCUAAUGCAUGAGAUAUCUGCUACUGAAUGUAAUGUCAAAACACUGAAUGUAUAUAAUAAUAGUGUUAAUAAUUUAGUAAAUGCAUUUGCUCUAAAUCUCACGGUGCUCCAUACCGAGUCUGUGGGACUGCAGAGUUGGUACAAAUCACUUCCCGCAAGCACAUAUUUUCUAACCUCUUUGCAAUUCUCCCUCUUGUCCAAGAUUCCACAUUUCUGUCUUGAAAUUUUUGUGACCAGUUUGGAGUGAGAUGGUGCCUUUGCUGAAACCACAUAAAUCCAACACACAAUCAAAUGGCAGUCAACAAGGAACUGAUGGUAGCCAUUGCAGGUGAAGUGCAGCACCCUGUUGAACGGCCACAAAGUCUACGCUUGGUUCCUCCAUUGUAGAGAAGGUAGAGUUGCUGCCUUACAGCGCCAGAGACCUGGGUUCAAUCCUGACUAUGGAUGCUGUUUGUAUGGAGUUAGUACAUCCUCCCUAUGACCGCGUGGGUUUUCCCUGGGUGUUCCGGUUUCCUCCCACACUCCAAAGACAUCCAGGUUUGUAGGUUAAUUGGCUUCUGUAAAUUGUCCCUAGUGUGUGGGAUAGAAUUAGUGUAUGGGUAAUUAUUGGUCAGCAUGGACUCGAUGAGCCAAAAGGCCUGUUUCCGUGCUGUACCUCUAAGUGAAACACAAGAUUCCAGCAUCAACAGUUCAUUGUGUGUCUCUUUGGUUCAUAUUCUUUUGUGUUUCACCCUUUUGAAUGUCUUUAGAAAUCUAAAUAUAGUUUUUUUUAAUCCACCUUGUUCAUUACUUCCUCAAACACCUUCAAUAAAAUUGAGGAAAUUUGCUGUCGUGGGGAGAAUGUGCAAACUCCACACAGACAGCACCAGUGAUGAGGACUGAAACCGGGUGACUGGAACUUUGAGGCAGCAGCUCUACAAACCAUUCUGUACCACAGACUCUGCUUGAGUAUGUCAGGAUUUUCGAAAUACUUUGCUUAAUAAAGGAUUCCUGCAGUUUCCCAAUGACAUAUUAAGCUAACAGGCCUAUAACGUUCUCCAUUCUGUCACACUCUUUUCUUAAAGACGGUUUUGUAUUUACGGUCUGACAUGUAGCCGUCUGCAUUUGGAAUAUUGUGGUCAGUUUUCGGUCACAUAUUUCGGAAGGAUAUGCUGCCGUUUGAGAGGGUUUAGAGGAGAUUUAUGAGAAUCAUCCCAGGAAUGAUUGAUUGCAUAUUAUAGAUAACACAUGAUGAGUGGUUGAUGGUACUGGGCCUUUAUUUGCUAGUGUUUAGAAGGAUGAGGGGAAAACACAUUGAAAACUACAGAAUAGUGAAAGAGAGGAUGUUUCCAUUUGUGGGAGUGUCAAGGACCAGAGGCCAUAGCCUCAGAAUAAAAGGAUAUAGCUUUAGAAAGGAGAUUAGGAGGAGUUUCUUUAGCCAGAGGGUGGUGAAUCUGUGGAAUGCAUUGCCAUAGAUGCUGUGGAGGCCGUCAAUGAAUAUUUUAAGGUGGAGAUUGACAGAUUCUUGAUUAGUAUUUUCACUGCACCUAGUACAUGUGACAAGAAAAAAAACGUUGGCCCUGUACCCUGGAAUUAAUUACCUACACUGUAAAAGUGGCUAACAUUUAGUUGAUACAUCAACUGCGGUUUUCUCAAAUCCUUUCGAGCAUGGUGAAGCCCAACAAAUUGAAAGUUCAUAAGGUGUUAGGAGCAGAAUUAGACCAUUGGGCCCAUUAAGUCUACUCCGCCAUUCAAUCAUGGCUGAUCAUACCUUUCCUUCUCAACCACAUGCUCCCAUUCAACCCCAGUUUACCAGGUAUUUUUUUAAUAAAGUCUAAAAAUAUAAAAUCUCUGAAUCAUUUGUUCAGUUCUCUUGGCACACUUUGUGUGAGGUUUCUCAGUUAAUGCUUCAUAUUGGAAGUUCUCAGCUAAUUAAGAUUGCAAAUCUCAACAAAGCACAACUGGCAGGAAAUUUAUGUAUGCAACUCCUAUCACAAUUAAAGAAUGAAAAAAUGCAGAAA